CCGCCGGAAGAGGAGCGUUCGGCGAACGACACAAGGCACAUGUAGUUGUAGUGGAUCUUGAGAUGCAAGUUUCGUUUAGAGAUUAUCUAUACUUACUCUUUGCUUUGAUCAAGUUGGAUACGUUCAUAGCGCUUGGGCCAUGGAGUCAGUGGUGUAACGACUGUCAAGAAAAUAAAAGUGUGUUUGCAGAGGUGUACCUGACUCCAUUGAUAUGGUAAUGUUUAGCAAAUGGCCUGUGGUGGCAGCUGACCGGAAGACCUACAGUGAUUUGCCAAUGAGUGGUGAAGGGAUUGAUAUUAGGGUUCCACCUUAUCCACAAAUGGCGGGGUAUUUGGGAAAAGAUAAAUGUGGAAAAUCAUUGCAAGAUGUUCCCUGUCCAGUAUGCACUACUAGAGGCCAGAAAUGGCUCCUGCGUGUGUAUUCCGUCAAUUUUCAGGAAUCGGUUGUUUUAUGUGAAAACCCACAGUGCAUUUAUCCCUUGGGAUGUCAUCCUUUGAAAUACUUUUUGUUACCCAACAACACACCAACAAACCUCUCUUCAGCCUUCAACCUAGUAAAGAGAAAACACAUCUCCAGUCCUGAGUGUCAAGAUUUUAUUUCUCCUUUAAAACGUCGUAAGAAAACCGCAGAUGUUAUUGUGGAAGAAUCUCAACUGGUUUCAGAGAAUUCAUGUAAUAAUCUGGGCAAUUUUCCAAAAAAUAUUUCCUCAGAUGGCAAAGAAUUUCUCUCAGGGAGUAAUUCACAAAGUGACAGUGCAAGUAAUGUUUCAGACAAUUCACAGCAGCCAGAGAACUCGUUUAAGGCAAAUCCUGACACAAGCCAACAUCCUUGUUCUGUGGAAAAGCCAAUUGACACAGUUGCUAAUUCCCAGAGACUGGAAUGUGUUCCAAAAGAUGCUGAAAUGGAAGAGAUUCCACAAUAUUUUCGCAUUCAUUGGAGGAACAAAUCCAUGCUCUGUUGGCUUGAUUGUUUGUUGGUAGCACUGGUAAGCUCCAGAGGAUUAAAACAGCAUUUGCAGAAACAAAGUGAAGAGCAGUCUCCUGUUCAGAAAUUGUGUUGUGUAUAUGAGAAAGCCAGCAACCUUGUGUCAGAGGGACUUCAGAACAACCAAGAUCACUGUUAUGUUUCUUCUGAAGCUUUUGCUGAGGCUCAGUUGGAUGAGAUCCGAAUGGAAAUUUUUAAUUUGUUGCAGCCCACGUUACACUGUGAAUUGGGUAAAGAAGAUAGCCCAAUAUUUGCCUUGCCAUUGUUGCUUAAACAAGAUCCUUCAAUAGAAGAGGCAUUUCAGCACUCAUUUUCUUGGGAGUUUGAAUGUUCAGCCUGUGGAUACACAUAUCAAGAAAGGUGUCAAAAGCCUCUUACAACAUUUACAAAUCUAGUUCCAGAGUGGGCACCGUUAAAUGCUGUUCACAAUGCACCUUGCAAUAAAUGUAAUAAUAAAAGACAGAAGAGAAAGAUGGUGUUGGACAGGUUGGCAACCAUCUUUGCUCUGCAUUUCGUUAAUGGGCUACCUCACAAUGAUUUAAAGGCCUACGAAUUUGAAUUUCAAGGGAAGCUUUACACUAUCUGCACCAUAAUUCAGUACAGCAGUCAACAAAAGCAUUUUGUGACCUGGCUCAGAAAUGAUGGUUUGUGGAUUGAGUGUGAUGAUUUGAAAGCUCCACUCUGCAGUGUGUAUAAGCAGUUGGAAGUUCCAUCAAAUGAGGUUCAUAUGGUUUUUUGGGAAGCAAGAAGCACAACACCCAAAGAGAUGCCUGUGCCGGUAUCUGGUAGAGAGUUUGUUGAAAAUGGUUGUUCUUUAAAAAGUAAAGCUGUACCGGCAGAGCAGAAGGCACAGGGAGAGAUGGACACACAAGUAAAAUGUGUAUCUGUUAACUCCCUGCUUAACAACAGUGUAAAUUUAACAAUGGAACAGAAUAAUGAAACUAGUUUGCUAAAAGCCUUUGAUGGCCUACAGCCAGAUGACAUCAUCACACUGAAUCUCGUGGAGCUUAAGUUUGAUGCAGAAGGUCGUGUCCUGGACAGCAGUGUACUUGCUGAACAGACGCAGAUGAAUGACAGUAUCUUUUCAGCUGUUGGAAGUGACACAUGUAUAGAUCAGUCACAGGAUAUAAUCAUUACUGAUGGCGUCUCAGACAGUAGUCCAAGCGUACUGGAUGAUGACAAAGCCAUACUGGAGCCAACCCAAAGUACGGAUGACAGUGCCUCGAAAAAUAAUUCAAAGAUACAAAAUACUUCCAUAGUAAUAUCUGAGGCAACAAAAGGUACAACAAUCGUGAAUCAAGAUUCAGACCAGGCAGCACCACAUCAUGGAUUUAAAUCAGCUGUUAUUUCUGUUUCACCUUCAUGUGCUGAGACUCCUUCAUUUGAAAAUAAUCAAAAAAGCUCUGCUUUAAACUGGUCAUCCAAGUUAUUUAUUAACCAUCUUUCUGUUAAAAAGCAAGUUAUACCACAUCCUAAUCUAAAUCAAAGCCUUUCUAAACCUAAACCAGAAGUCCAGCCACAGCUAAAAGUGGAUGGUCAAGUUCCAUUACAAGCUGAGAUGUUUGGAGGCUUCAGAUCUAAAGGGUUUAUUCGAAGCAACCAGAAUUCAAAAAACACUUUGUAUCUUCAUGAGGAUGAAACCAGUGCUAUAGAUGUAAAGAGCAAGUCUCUGAUUCAGCCUGCUGAUGUGGAGCAGACAGCCACAGAUUUGCAUACAGCAAAGUGUUCUGUUUCAGAUCUCAAGAGGGCAAACAGCAAAACAACCGAAAAGAAGGAAGAGGGUACUAAACAUUUAAGUGACACCGCAAAGCUUCGGUAUAAACUUUUAAAAAGGCUGAAGGCCAAAAAACAAAAGUUAGAAUUGCUUAAUCAGCAGUUAGAUGCCACCGUGAAUUCUUCAGAAAGUAAAGGUAAAAGAAAUGGAGUGGAGAGUCCUAGCAGCUCCAGCGGACACGUUGCUACAGGCACCUCAACUGCUCAGGUUAAUGGCACUGAUGCCGAUUCUGUUUAUACUGCUAGCUCAUGCACAUCAAUUGAUAGUCAGAGUUAUGAAGACUUUCUUGCAGAUCUCCUUUCUCCAGACACCACUACUAGUUCUUUAUCAACUUCUAGCAUCCCUUCUGAGAAUACACAGAGCUCUGAAUGCAAAUCUAAAAAUUCCACUUCUGUGCAGGACAAGGUACAGAUAUGCAGUACCAUUAAUACAAGUGCAGGAAGCGUCGACAAUGAUUUGUUCACUGAUCUUUUAUCCAACACAACAGCAGGAUCUUGCACUGAGAAUGAAGAAUUGUUUAAUUUUUAUGAUAGUUUUUUUGAAGUUUGUUGACCUGCAAUCGUGAACAUUUCAGUGGUUUUAUGUUAGUGAAUGAUAAACACUACAUCUGUUAUAUUUAAGAGAGAGUCCUCAGGCUGGGAAACGUUGGCACUGUCAAACACUUUUGUUUUGUAAAUUGUAGCUUUUAAUUUUUAGUUGAAAUUUGAAUGUUACAGUUUGACCUAUGUUAGGCCAAUUUAUAUUUGAAAUAAAUGUAAACAUUCUGA